ACCCACACCGUCCCGCGUCCGCACUACCACAGUAUCUCUAAGGCGCCAACCGCAGCCUCUCGCAUCGUUGAAAGCGCAACCCUGCAAAAAACUGAUUUUCAAUAUUUUUCGCCGCGUAAAUAAUGGCAGCAACUGAAGAAUUGAACGGCAUUCUAACCAGGAGACAAGAAAUCAAUGACAAGCUCGAAGAAGGUGUCGAAAUAAAACCGAAAUAUAAAUUCGUGAACGUUUAUACAGAAUUUCACGAGUUCUCCAGAAAAGAAAUAAAACAAUAUGAGGUGACCUUCAAUAAAUUUGACGAGGGUCGUGAUGGCUUCUUGGAUCUCACAGAGGUUAAACGCAUGAUGGAAAGGUUGGGCGCUCCUCAGACUCAUCUCGGUUUAAAAGCUAUGAUCUCGGAGGUAGAUGAAGAUGGUGAUAACAAGAUUAGUUUUAGAGAGUUUCUCCUCAUCUACAGAAAAGCACGUGCUGGUGAACUGGAAAUGGAUUCGGGUUUGGACGCUUUAGCUAGAUUAACCGAAAUCAAUGUAGAGCAAGUUGGCGUUAAUGGCGCGAAAAACUUUUUCGAAGCGAAAAUUGAAGAGCUCGCUAAAAGUAAUAAGUUUCACGACGAGAUUAUUCAAGAACAAGAAGAGAAGCGUCGGGAAGCAGAGGAAAGAGCUCUCCGGAGGCAACAAUUUAAAGAAAAAGCUGCGUUAUUCCAACACUGAUAGAAUCGAAAACGAUAUUGUUAUUUGUCUAGUCUGUAAGAUGUUAUGUUACCAAUGCUUGGGAUGAGUUGUAGUAACAGUGUAUUAUUUUUUAAGCAAAAUAAAAUUAAUUUCUCAGUAAGUUUAGAACGGUCUUUAACGUAGCGUAAUUAAAAUUGUUAUAUGAGGCCUACUUGCGUGUUUUAAAAUUAUGCAUGCAUGUUAUUUAGUUACGAUUAAUUAAAAUAAAAAUUAUCGAAUGUUGAUUGGAACCUGACACUAUCUUGUCAGGGACUCUAACGGCAGGAUCCUUAUUUGUUUCCGUAUUCAGAAUUGUAAUUUUUUUUCCUUCAGACUGUAAAAUAAUAUAUAUUGUGCUCGAAUGCUGCCAGCGAAAGCCUAAUGUUUGCAUAAUUCGUUGCAUUGUAAAGUUAUAUCAUAGUCAUUUUAACGCUUCACAUACUCAUAAAACUUAAGAUGUAACCUUGUUUUUAGACAAAUGUGAUUUAAACAAAUUUAAGGUUCUCAAAAGGAAAAAAAAUAAAAUAUUGUGUGUAACAAA